AUGCCAACCGCAUCAACAUCCCAAUGUGUUGGCACAGGGUAUAGCGAAGGACCAUUUCCUGAUAAAUCGAAUCUGAUGUUCAGAGAAACUACUGGAGAAAGUUUUAUUUAUGUAGAGCGUGAGAUGGCAGAAAUGCUUAUAUCCAAAGGACUCUGGACUCCAAAAAUCAUAG